AAUUAGUGGUCUCUACCCAGUGUAAUUGUAAGUGACAUACAAGUGUAUUUCUUACAAUUUCCGAUGGUGAGAGCAUAGCAACGAGAAUAAAAUGUGAUUAAUUGUGACAAGUGAUUAGUGAAGACUAUUAAAAGUCAAGCUAACAGUUGAGGUAGAGAUGCCUUCCGAGGUGAUGAUAGCCAGUAGGUUUAAAGGUCCGAGGUCAGGGAGUGCAAAAACUACAAAAACACAUGGCAAGCUUGUUUUUGAGGCCCCGACAAAACAAGAGGACAUGUAUCCAAUACAAUGGCCUCCAUAUGAUAACAAUGAUGUGGAAAAAAGGAUAAAUGGAGUUCUUGGGCCUCUGUCAUUGUUUGCCCCAUUCCCACAUGAAGACUUACAUGAAGAAGCACCAAUGGAGUUGGAAAGGCCAGUUACUCCUAUAGAUAGAGAAAUUAAGUCUCGACCAACUUCCUUUGACCAACUUGCUGGAUACAUUCGCCGCAGAUUAUCACCACGUCCUGAUGUGCCACACCUGUCAUUUGAAGACCAACAAUUACUUGCUGGUAUUCUAAUGGGUGAGGUAACAGGGGUCUGGCCAGAAAUAAGAAAACAAAUUGAUGACCCCUUUUUGAAUGCUGAAGAAAAUAAAGAAUUAAACAGGAGGAUAUCUGUACACAUAGUGACAGUCUGUGAACAACUUUUCCUUCAUUAUCUAAAAAAAGCUGAGGUGUUGAAUAGUCGAGGUAUUUUUAGUGGUCCUGCUAACAUGAGCAGGUUAAAAGCUCAGUUGUCACUGGAUGCUAACAAAUUUUUGGACAUACUAACUAUAAGGCGAUACCUUGUUGCUGACAUACGUUCACAAGAUGAUGGAGACUGGCAGGCAUCCAUGGAUUUCACGUAUUCUGCACCUGGUAUGAAUGCACCAGCAAUGUCCUACAAAGGUUUGAUUGAGACUAGUAGACCAAAAUCUAAAACAAAGAGAUUUAAAUACAAAAGUCCAGCUCUGGAAGCCCAGAAGAUAAUUAAUAACAUGCCAACUUUAGACAUGAUGAAGUUACAUGAUGUAAUUGCUGAUAUGCCAGACAGACAGCUAGAAACACCCUCACAAGCAUCAGAGGAUGAUGCUGGUUCCAGGAACUCAUCUGUACCUUCCAAGUCUUCAGGGAUGUCAAAGGAGACUAAGUCUAAAGAAAAGGUUUUAAUGAAACGUUCCAACUCGUUACCACAAAUACAGAUGGGUGAGAGUUUGAUGGAAGAACUUGGUGUAGAGGAAAAUGUGAGGGAAGAUAAACUCAUCAGUCAGGAAAUAGAACGUCUACAAGGGGAGAAUGCCAGAAAUGAUGCUGAGAAGGAACUGAAAGCUAGUAAAGUACCUCAGCCAGGAACAAGAGAAUAUAUCUCCAAAGAUUUACAGAAUCUUCUUGGCAAGUCUGAGAAGGAGAAAAAAUCAGAUGAGGAUAUGCCUCCUCUACUUCAGGCAAUAACAACCAGCUACAAGCAUGAUGGACAGAAGGCUGUUCUAGAGAAGAAACUGGCAGAACUGAAAGAAAAGGAAAGAAAGGAUCAUGAGCAAAAGAGCAUUCCAUUGAGGGAACCUACACAUCCCCAACCUGCUGUUGUUAAAGCCAAACUACCAAACCAGAUGGAGGUUCGAGCGUCGGACAUCAGGGUGUCAGAAAGAGUGUGUAUGUCUUCUAUUACCCUGGAUAGAUAUGCUACAGUCUAUAAUGAUCUUCUAGAGGAGAUUGAUGCUGCCACAGUAAAGCAGCUAGACAGGAAUCUGUUCCUAGGAGAUGAAAUACGUGAAGUUUACCAGGAGAUAAUGAGAACUAUACCUAGUCAGCAUCUAGACCUUGAUGAUGAUGAGUCAGUUGUACCUGCCGCAGACUCUGUAAAUAUGUCGGGGACAAUGGCCUCAGCAUCUCUUGUACGUAAACGUUCAGACAGAGUGAUCAAUCCAGCAUUUACAAAGCCAAGUAUUAAACCACCAUGGGGAGAGAUGGAUCAGAAACAAUGGGUCAAAACCCCUAACAAUCCACCCAAGAAUUUCCAGGGAGAAGAUGUUUUUGCACCUCUUAGCAAUCUAGAAGAUAUACUACAAUUGACCCCCAUACAAGAGCUGUUAGAUAUGACACCAAACAUGGACAAAGUGCAUGAAGUUAUACGUAACCCGACCAAAAUGUCCCAGUUGUUGACGAAGGAUGAUAUACCAUCAUUUGUACAAGACAAGAUGGCAAGAACUUACGCCUCGUGGUUGCUAUGGUGGAAAUCUACUAUAACCAGUGAUGACUACAUGAAAUAUCUGUCCACCCAGGAGACAGAUUAUAUGGCAGCAGUGUUUCAUUUUUACGACUCUGGAGAAGAAGAUGAGGGUGAGGAUGAGGGACCGUCUCAAACCCACUACCCGUUCCCGUCCGCCCUCCGUACCACGGGCAUGCUGUCACAGAAACGCUCACAGUCCAGAACAACUCACUCCAGUAAACAGACUCUGGAAAAGGAGAAGGAGAAGAAAAUAAAAGCAUUACAAGAACAGAAAGCUGAGUUUCAGGAAGGAUUCUGGAAUGUAAACAGUGUAUUAUUAGGUGGACUUGGGAAAGAUCCUGUCAUAGAAGAAGAGGUAGAUGAAUCAGCAUCGAAAGCUCCCAAAUCAGCGGACACUCAACGCUCGGCUAAAACACUUCAAGAGAGAGCUGCUGCUAGACACUCGGCUAAAAAGUCUCGACAGGACGUAACACAGUCUAGAGCAUCUAAAGUUACAACAUUGACAGUAACAAGUAAACUUGAGACAGAUAGAUCUUCUGUGAGUGAUGGUGGGGAGGCCCCAUUGACACCGCAAGAUCGUCUGGAGAAAGUGUGGACGGCCUUAGAGAUGCCAGAUAGUCUAAAACUUGACAUGGCCAUCAAAUAUAGCUGUAAUGAAUUCUAUACUAAACUUGCAGAGGCCAUAGAACAGUGGGAGAAGGUGACUGAUCUUGUAUUAAAGAGGGAAGCAUUGCUAGUAAAACUAGAAAAAUUUGAAAGAAUGGCCUCAGAUCCUAACAGAUUCUUUGAAAAAGGUCAGAAAAGAAGUUCAGUUCAGCGUUUGAAGGAAGCCCAACAAAGAAGCUACUAUUACAAGAGAAUUGAAGCAGCAGACAUAGAAAUCAAGGAGGAGUUACAGCUCAUUAAGAAACAAUUCAAAGAUGUCAUAACAUAUAAAGGUCGACCAUAUCAGGACAAGAUGAAAUGGGACAGGAUAGAAAUGUUACACUGGUUACAAGAGGAACGUAAACAGAACGCUCUACAAUAUGAAGCUUUGAUGAAAAACAUUCCGCUAAAAUCUGCCCAACUUGAACCUAUACCAUUAUCUUUACCUGUACAAAAAGUGGCCUAACAAAACUGCGCCUGAUUUAUGUGUGAAAAAAAAUGACUUGAUACAUAUGUAACAAGACUUAAGUGUUCUGAUAUGAAUGCAAAAAGAGACACAAUUUCUGAGGAGAGGGUGGUUGUAUAGGAAUUUUUCAUUAAAAAAGAAGAGUUUUAUCUUUUUAUGUGAUGUGAAUGGUUGUGCUAGCAAUUUCCUCACUAUACCUGUCCUAAAUUGAUUAGAAAUAAAUGAUUGUGAUGUAUUACCAUGAAAUAAAACAGUUAGAAAUAAUAUACAAUAUACACAGAACAGAUGUUUGAUUAUCUGCCUUAUAUAUUUUGAUUUUAAGAAUCGGGCAUUCAUUUGUAUGUGUGUGUAAAACUUUUUGAAUUUUAGUUGAUUUUAUCACCAUGGUUUUUAUAUUUACCACUGUUAGGCAUUCAUUUUUGUUAUCAGAUAUAUGUUAGUUAAAUUGUUCAUUGUAAUAUAAUGAACUGUAAGAACAUAAAAGUAAUCAAAUUGAUACUUUUUGUAAAGAAAUUCAAAACUUUAUUUUUCAUAAAAUAAUGAUAUGCUUAGUACCUCUUGUUCAGAUAUGGAAACAAUAAAGAAAUCACUGAUACGUAGUUUAAUUAAGAGACACUUUAUAUAUAUAUAUGGGGGUGUAACCUGCUAUGGAGACAAGCUGAAUACUGUUUUAAUAUCCAUCACUGCUGAAAACACUAUGAUACUGCUGAACGUUUUUACUAGAUAUCUUACCUGUUUCUUUAACUUUGUGCUGACAAUGUUUUGUGAUAUUUUUUGACCAUCUAUGUAACUAAACAUGAUGUGAUGUAGGUAAUGUUCUGGAACUGUAUAGUUACUGGCAUUGCAGUAAUUUGUGAUAAUUAUAUUCCAUGUUAUUAUUUGUACAAUAUAUUUGUUCAAAUAAAAUCAUAUAAGACUUAUUA